AUGGCGCGACAACUCGUCUUUGUGGCAUCAUUUCAUCGCACCACGGACGCGCCUGCGCCGUCCGAGUCCCCUUUGGACGAGAUCAAGAACGGGCUCUGCGACGCAUUGGAUCGAAUCAAGGCUGCCGGAAGCUUCGCGGCAUUUGCCAAAUUGACCGAGUCCAGCCUCUACCCGAUAUCAGUUCGCGAUGUUGGCCAUGUCGCCCUUCCUCUGGGGGAAGACAGUGCCCAACAACUGAUUGAAAAGGCACGUCAAGCCCCCUAUGGCAAAGGCACCGAGACCUUUGUCGACACCUCGGUUCGCAACACAUGGGAGCUGGAUGCAGCCCAAUUGGAGCUUCACCCGCAGUGGGAGUCGACCAUCAGCGCUGCUUGCAAGCUAGUCGCUCAGCAGCUGGGAAUUACUGCUCCCGUGAGGGCCGAACUGUACAAGAUUACUGAGAAGAUCCCGGGGAUGUUUGGUGCUCUUGUCAUCUGUCUUCCGUCUGAGCACCAAGGUGGCGACCUCGUUGUGAAGCAACGGGAUGUUACCAAGACGUUCAAGACGUCAGAAGUCCGACCGUCGAUGGCAUGCUGGUUUUCCGAUGGCACACACGAGGUCUUGCCUGUCACGUCGGGCAUCCGCUGGGGCUUGACGUACAACCUUGGCAUUUCCCCUCAGGUCAACCGCCCAUCGGCUGCCAUGAGAUGCACCGGGACUGGAUGGUGUUCGAGAUGCACUGCGUGCUUGGCUGGACUCCCGGGGCCCGAGCAGCGAUGA